GCAACCUAUGCAACCAAGGGCACCGACGGUUAAAAACAUGCAUUUUUCAUGUUGUUGUGAUCAUUAUUACACAAAAAUGUAUCAUGAUUUUUAUAGCACAGUGAAAUUUUGUGUGAAAUAUCCGCUUAAAUUGUCAGUUUGUUGUCAGAUAUGUACAACAAACCCAAAAGUCGUUUAACUCUCACGAAAGAGACUAACUCCACGCUUUCUUCACUGCAAAUUCUUCCAGCACUUAGUAGUAAACACUUCACGGCUGCCACCUACAGUCACCAAGUGAGUGAUCCAGUUCUCCGAAUUGUUGAGAAGUCCGUCCAGCCCCAAGAACAAGUUGUCUUCCGUCCGACCCAGAUUCCCAAUAACGACAUCAUGAUGAAACGUUACCCCCAGGGUCCUCCAGACUUCACCCUGAACCACAUCGCAGAGAAAAUUCCGAUUCACUACAGGGCUAACAAAAAGCCUAUGGUGCCAGCACCCGCCUGUGCACACGAUUAUAGCACCCCUGAUAUUGUACAAGACGCAGAGGAAAGCGGGCGAAAUUCACGCUCAAGCGCAAACUUGUCCCCAAAGACGCAAAAAGCCCCUGCUUUCUUGCCAGGUGAUAGAGUGAUAUUUGCGGAAUCGCCCUCUGCCCCGGGCAUUCCUGUUGUUUACAGAACUCCAGAGGAAAGGUCUUCAAAUCCUGACAGACUCAAUCUUGAUAGGCGGAAACUGACAGUAUGUCCGAUUUUGGAGGGAGAGGACCAGUUAAGACUGUUGAACUACCAGCACAAUGCAAUCACCAAGAUCCAGCAUCUGAGCUCACUAAAACGACUCAUUUUCCUGGACCUGUACGAUAAUCAGAUUGAGGAAAUCUCAGGAUUAAGCUCACUGAAGUCUCUCAGGGUGCUCAUGUUAGGCAAAAACAGAAUAAAGAAGAUAGAAAACUUGGACACGUUAACCAAACUUGAUGUGUUGGAUCUCCAUGGAAACCAGAUUACGUUAAUAGAGAACCUGAAUCACUUAGCGGAGCUUCGGGUACUGAAUUUAGCGGGGAACCAGAUCGUUAACGUGAACAAUCUUACAGGAAUGGACAGUCUGGCUGAACUGAAUCUACGAAGAAACAGGAUCAGAAUGGUGCUUGAUGUGGACAAUUUACCUAGCUUACAGCGGCUCUUCCUCAGUUUUAAUGACAUUUCUAGUUUUGAGGACAUCUCCUCCCUGUCGGACUCCACGAGCCUAUCGGAGAUUUCUCUCGAUGGGAACCCAAUCACACAGGAGCAGUACUACAAACAGAUUGUACUGAGACAGAUGCAGCAGCUCAAACAGCUGGACAUGAAGAGAGUCACGGAGGAGGAGCGUAGAAUUGCCCUCGUCAUGGCGCGUAAAGAGGAGGAGAAGAAGAGGGAAUCAAGCAGGACUAAUAUCAUGAAGAUGGUACAAACACCUGACCGUCCACCUGGAGGGGAGAAGAAGCGUCUUGCCAUUAACAAUGCCAAGCGACAGUGGGAGGUGAUGCAGGGAUCCAUGAUGAACCGGACCGGAAAACUCGUCAAAAUGCCCGAGCUGUAUGCCAACCAUGUAGGUUCUGUCGCUAACUCUGACCUGAUUUCACCGUCCAAUGAGGAGAACUUAGAAGUCGAGUCCAUACACAGCGAGUCCAAACAGAGCAGUCGCGGAGGUUCCCGUCCCAGCAGUGCUCAGAGUACCGCGGACGAGAGACCCCGCACGGGGAACUUAGUACAGCAAUUCAAAUCCGAGGCCCAGAAACCAGGCCAGCUCAAGGAAACCAUGAUAUUUGGGAACCCCGGACGGUACGCCAGUGACCUGAAUAACCUGGCUGACUUGGAGGGGGACAGUUUGACCAUGUAUGGCCCCCAGUCCUUGGAGGCCCUGGAUAAGAACUGGGGGGUCCAGGCAGCAGGGACCGUCACACAUGUUGUGUUCAAGUUCAUAGACUUUGUGGAGAUAGCAAAGCAUUUACACAAAAUCAGAACCCGGUUCCCUGGGGUACAGAGCAUCACCUUCAGCUCAACAAAUAUCCGAUCCCUGGACCAAAUUAAUGCACUCUCUAGUGUUCGGAGGCUGGAUAAUUUAAAUAUCAACCUUGACGGAAACCCCAUCACAAAGUUCACCUUGUGGCGCAUGUACGUCAUCUUCAGACUGGCGCACUUCACUCUGAAAAAAAUUAAUGAUGUCGAGAUUUCGGCAGCAGAUAUUGUUAAUGCAGAAAAGUUAUUUGGACCGGUGUCUCAUAUCACUACUUCACAGCUUCCCCAGUCUCGACUUCUAUCCCUCAUCGGGGAGACCAGGAGAAAGCAGCUCCUGUCUAUGAGUGAAGACAAGUCUAAGAAAAUUUUGGAGGGAAAACUUGACAAAUCUCAGGGCGAAUUUGUUGGGCGGUCAGGUCUAACAUACCAAACACAAGAGUCUGCUGCCUCUAAAAACCAGGAUUCUUCAAAUAAAAAACAGUUUGCCAAAAACUAUAUCAGUGAAAUCACAAAAGAAACUGUGUUUACAGACAGAAAGAAAAAUGAAUUUCUGAAACAAUGGCCACUAAUAUUCCAUGAAAUGGUUUAUAAUGCCGUCACAGACAUGUCGGACUCACAGGGUUACAUGAAAAAAUGUCUAGAGGAGCUAGAAAAAAGCUAGUGAUGGCAGAAAACUAGAUAUAGUGGUGUAGAAGGAUGCAGCCAUUCAUGGGCCACUUGGUGCAGGGCGUAGAGUAAAUUAUGUGCUGGAAUUCUCAGGAUGUAGAGCAGUGUUACAAAAUGGUGAAUGUUUGUUUUCAAGGAAAGUUCAGGCUGGAUUUUAUGUGUGAUAUAUUAAAAAAUGAAAGAGAGAGACACAGUGGCAGCUGAAAUGGCAGCCGGUUGCUGUGAGACGUUUGACUUGGAGGAGAUCCAUUGUGGAGAGUGUAAUUAGAGCAAAGGGUCAAGAGGUCACCUUCAAAUGGACGGGUCAAGAGGUCACCUUAAAAUGGACGUUCUUUGGUGACUGGUGACAGAGUCCUGGUUAUGGUUAUCAGGAGGAAUAGUCUACAGGUGUAUGAAAAGUUGUUUUAGAAUUGUAAUUUAUAGUGCCAUGCAUGAAACAUACAUCUAGACAAAUCUUUGAUAUCUCAGUCAAGUUUGGAACCCAUGUCUUUCAUGUUAAAAAUGUAAAAUAUUUUAUUAUUUAUGCCAGUGGACUUAGCUGCAGUAGUCAUUCCAUGACUGUCUCCCUUGAAUGCACAAACAAUAUCCUUAAUUACCAAUAUCUGUAUCUUGUGUCAUUUCUUUGUGCCAACAAAUAUGUUUAUUUAUAUCAAAUUGUUAUCAUGUUGUGUAUGUAUUGCAGGAUAAGGAAAUAUUUAAAAUGAUAUUUGGAGAGGUUGAGUAAAUGUUGGUAUUUUUUUCUCAUUUUAAUUUUGUGUACAGAUAUAUUUUAAAUACCAGUGAAAAGACCAAGAAUUACACUGUACUUGAUCAUCACAGGACUUUGCAGCAUGCUUUCUCUUCUAAAUAUCUGCAUGGCCUUGCUCUUCUCUGAAUGUAAAUAAAAUUUGAUCACUAAAAUACGAAAUAAUUAAUUUUAACAAGGCUGUUAAAUCAAUUAAACUAUGAAAAAAAUAAACUGAAGCUUAUUAAUUAUAACUGUUUUCCCAUUCAGAUUUGAACUUGAAUUAAAAUUUUUAUAGAUUUUGUUUUCUAUAUAACUUUGAUUGAACAAUUAAGUUUAUAUUUCCCUGACAUUAUUUUACAUAAGCAGUACAGAGGUGCUGCUGUGUGGGGGAGAGUAGGAAUACAUAUAUAACUGUACACUUAUUGUAACAGGACUCACACUGUGGAAUCUUCCUGCUCACUGUGGUCAGAUUUUAUAAUCUUCCAAAAUACAAAUUCACACACAUGUAUGAGAUGAAUGUAAAUAGUAAAGUCCUGAUUCAUAAAUCAGGUCAAAGAACUACAAUCACAAUUUUAAAUCCAUGAAUGAAAGUAUACUUUGUAUGUAAGUAGUGUAUCCUGCUCAGUUUUUCUCAAAUUAUUGUUUUGUGAAGGGAAUAUGUUGUAUAUAAGAGAAGUUGAUUCAGAGAAAGUCUUGUAACUAUACAAGCAUGUAUCAAAAAUAUGCCUGAAUAGAACUGCUGGAAUGAUUUAACAUUUACUUUAAUCAUGUUAAUUUAAAAAAAAUGUCUAAAUAUAAUUUGUGGUAAAAAUUUCACAGAUGUUUUAGCUUUGCAAGAUUAGAGGGAGUUAAUAGGAUUCCAGUUUCCCGAGACCAGAACUAUUUCCCGAGGUGAAGUCGAGGGAGAUAGUCCUGGUCAAUGGGAAUUGGAAUUUCUUGUACAGGUUCAAAUUUCAAAGCAGGGAUUAGCUCACUUGACUAACAUGGCUAAACAGGGACUAUAGUCCAUUUACAGCAAUUUCUAGGGAAUUAAUCACAUUCUAAUUUAUAGAGGGAAAAAUCAAUAGAGAUACAAUAAAAUUACAAUUUGAUUUCAAUGUUUAUUUACUAAAUGAUGGCAUUGUGUGAACAUUAUGUAUGAGAGGAAUAUCACCUUGUCAAAUAAAUGGAGAAA